AUGAAGGAGUCCGGAGACAAUCUUUCAUGGGAUGACAUUUCCAAGUCUCUCAAUCGUGAGAAAAAUGAUACCAAGUCCCGCUGGAAGCUCAUUAGGCACCAGAGGACUCGCCAGCCUGCCAGUCAGAGCAGCGUGGACGAGGACGGCGUCAAUGAUUCCGGUCAAAGCGAGGAAGACGAAGCGAAAACGACCCAUGGCAAGAAUCUAGUCAGAUCUACAUGUGUUGUAGCUACCAAGAAAAUGGCGAAUGAAGAGCCUGGUUCGCACGUGGCGAAAGGGACAAGACACGGCCAACCUCACGACUCAGCCAACACGCAAUCCAACGACGAUGUGCUUUCCGGAAAUGGAGCAUCGGAUGAGUCGUCUUGUGGUACGAAUGAGCACAACCACGAGCUGGAGUAUCUUUAUGGUGAAAUGUUCAACUCUAUAUACCCGGUAGAGACGGAGUAUGAGGCGAAUGAAUACUUGCCCGAGUGGGACACUGCCAUGCUCGCAACCAUCGCGUGCAUGCACACACAAAAUAAGCUCCUGGAAAUGAAGGCAAACUUUAUGAAUGCAACAGGUGCCGAUGUACCCAUUGCAGUUCUUCGGGACUGGUAUGAGGGAGGUUGGGCUGCCAAGCAUGACUAUCGUCCCUGCUUGAAUCAGGAGAUUUCGAAUGAGCGGGUAGAGGAAUGGAUCGACAGUGUAUCAAUGGAGGAGAAGUAA